AUGCCCCUCAGGUCGAAAGAACUUCUUCACUACUUUUUCCAAGCUGGACACUCUCUCGAUCCGUUACCCAGAACUCCCAAUGACUGUAUUGCAUCAGCUACUUCCGAUGCGGAUGUCUUGCAAAAUACGAUACUGAUAUCCGGUCUUCACUACGCAUGGAAUAAAGGCGAUCUAUAUUCAUUUGAAUCCACUUUUGUCUUCCAAAAAAUUCAGAGCAUUCGGAAGGUCAACUCUUGGCUUGUCGCCACGCCAUACGAACAAGAUGCCAUGCGGUGCGCAAAGUACAUUAGCACGCUCUGCUUCAUAGAGUGCUGCCUAGGAAAUUUGGCUAUUGCCGAAUCUCACCUUAAAGGUCUCAUGAUUUACCUGGAUUCUCAGCGAGCAGCAACCCCCAGUCAACACGUAACUGAUGACAUCGAAGUUGAGCAGACCACUCGCUACCUUAUCCUAAAUUAUAACGUCGUCCACUGCUUGAAGAGCCGCUCAGACGACACUCUUGCUAUUUACACAUCAUCUCAAAGCGAAAGACUACGCUCAGAUCCUAGAGAGUCAGUCCUUUUGAUACAUCAAUCGAAUCUCCACGAGACCAGUGAUCUAGAUCUUCGUCUAAGGGCCCUCCGAAUGGUGCCGUUCUUUUUCGGCUCUGUUCCACAAGGCAGAAAGCCAAAGAACAUUGACAUGUACCCGACCAUUACAGCUCUUCGGAAUAUUACCAGGCUCGCAGACCUAAAGCAUGCGAAAUCAUCUGCUGACGUAGUUCUCACCACGCCCUGGCAGGUCUGGGAUAGCGGUGGCCCAUCUGAACUGCUGUUCGCAAUAAUCAGCGCCCAUACUUCAUCAUUCGCCGACAAGAUUCAGCUCCCGUCUCACGGAAAACAAGCCUUCAUAUCGUCGUGGUCUGGAUUCUGUGCGGGCGUCGGCAUGUAUCUGAUUGCCGUUCUUGGGGCCUGGAAUCAAGGUCUGCCAAUGGAGCGGCAACUGCACUACCAUAUUCUUCGGGCUCUUACACAGGAUUUGAGAAACGACCUAGUCAAUCUCCAAAGCAUGAACCGAGAGACACGCAAUACGUGGCUCUGGAAAGCAUUUGUCGGAUCACUAAGUGUGGUCCAUGCCCAAUCAUGUAUCUGCGACAAGCGUCUCGAUUCCAUACUAGAGGAAUUGACCACCUUCAUUCGGAAUUGGGCCAAGAUCACUGGCGUUAUUGCAUGGUCUGAAGUCAGGGAAAUUUUAAGCCGCGUUGUAUGGCCACUUAGUUUCGAUCGCGACCUUGUGUUUGAGUCAUUAUGGGCAAGCUUAGCCUAA